AAAUUAGAAGCAAAAGAGGAAAGAAAAUUUCAUUUGACCAAAGAAAAAGAAAUUAAUUUUUAACAUUCAUUUCACUAACGUGUACUUAAAACAUUCGUUUAAUUUGCGUUCAUUUCACUAACGUGUUCUUGAAAUAUACAUUUAACUUGGUAUGUAAUUUGAAUUCCUCACGUUAUAUUCAAAAUUCAAAAAAGGAAUUAAAGUUCACAAAUUUACAGCCAGUGUGGUAACUACUGAACUGUAAUCCCUAUAAAGAUGGAAAACCAGACGUCUACUCCACUCCGGAAUCUCUUGAGAAUCUCCCGUUUAUAACCAAAUCCUUGGAAUCUUCCGUUUCUCACUAUAAAAACUCUCCAUUCAUUGCUUUCAGAUUUCCCUAUACCUCUCCACAUUUCUCCCUCCAAUGGCGGCCAUCACUUGCUCCGCCUCGGACCUCCAGCCCCUCCUGGGCCCCAAUGCCACUGCAGCUGCAGAAUACAUCUGCGGCCGCUUUGGUGCCGUGUCGAACAAGUUUGUCGACACGGGCUAUGCAGUUGACAACACGUAUCUUCUCUUCUCUGCCUAUCUUGUUUUUGCCAUGCAGCUCGGCUUUGCAAUGCUCUGCGCUGGCUCCGUUCGCGCCAAAAACACCAUGAACAUUAUGCUCACCAAUGUCCUCGACGCCGCCACCGGCGGCAUCUUCUACUAUCUUUUCGGUUUUGCCUUCGCCUUUGGAACUCCCUCCAAUGGCUUCAUUGGCAAGCAAUUCUUUGGUCUCAGCCAUUUUCCUUCCCCCUCUUUCGACUACGGCUACUUCCUCUACCAAUGGGCCUUUGCCAUUGCAGCUGCCGGAAUCACUAGUGGUUCGAUCGCCGAACGGACCCAAUUCGUGGCCUAUUUGAUCUAUUCAUCUUUCUUGACCGGAUUUGUGUACCCGAUUGUGUCACAUUGGUUUUGGUCUGCAGAUGGAUGGGCUAGCCCUGCUCGUGCUGAGAAUCUCUUGUUUGGUUCUGGUGUGAUUGACUUUGCAGGCUCCGGAGUUGUCCACUUGGUCGGAGGCAUUGCCGGUUUGUGGGGUGCCCUGAUCGAGGGGCCUAGGAUCGGCCGGUUUGAUCAUGAAGGCCGGUCCGUGGCAAUGCGUGGACAUAGUGGCACAUUGGUUGUUUUGGGCACAUUUUUGUUGUGGUUUGGUUGGUAUGGUUUCAAUGCAGGUUCAUUUCUCAACAUAUUGAAGGUUUAUGGUGAUAGUGGAUCUUACUAUGGACAAUGGAGUGCUGUGGGCCGGACCGCCGUGACAACCACCUUGGCCGGAUGCUCGGCAGCAUUGACUACCCUCUUCGGAAAGCGGCUGCUCUCCGGGCACUGGAAUGUCACUGAUGUGUGCAAUGGCUUGCUUGGCGGGUUCGCAGCUAUUACAUCUGGCUGUUCAGUGGUUGAUCCUUGGGCAGCAAUUAUUUGUGGGAUUGUGGCGGCUUGGGUUUUAAUCUGGUGCAACAAGCUUGCCGAGAAGUUGAAGUAUGAUGAUCCUUUGGAGGCUGCACAGCUUCAUGGUGGGUGUGGUACGUGGGGGAUCAUAUUCACGGCCUUGUUUGCCAAGAAGGCUUAUGUGAAUGAGGUCUAUCCAGGGCACCCGGAGAGGCCAUUUGGGCUGUUUAUGGGAGGCGGUGCCAAACUGUUAGCUGCGCAUUUGGUGCAGAUUGUGGUGGUUGCUGUGUUUGUGAGUGUGACGAUGGGGACAUUGUUUUUCUUGCUGCACAAGUUGAAGCUGUUGAGGAUUUCAUCAGACGAGGAAAUGGCAGGAAUGGAUGUGACGAGUCAUGGAGGAUUGGCUUAUGUCUAUACUGAUGAAAGUGGCAUGAAAUCUGGAUAUAUGGUGUCUAACACUGGUCCUCCACAUGUUUGAUUUGAUGAUCCUAGCUAGUUAGCUUUAAAUUCUACAUGCAUGUAUCUAUAGGUCCAUUAGGUAAUUUUAGUUUAUGAAACAUGUAGUAGCUGGACUUUGUUUAGAUUACAAAUGCAUUGAUUCUUCAUUUA